GGACAUCCAUCUCUACCUACAUUACUACUACUACAAAAUCACUCUCUCCACAACAUAUCAUAAUCAUAAUAAUAAUCAAACAAGGCUGCUGCUGUGCUCCUUCUCUAAACACUACAACUUCUCUCACCCAACAAAACAAAAUUAUGUUUACUUCAACCAUAAGUCAUUCUUCUUCUUUCUUCCAUUUCCAAAAACCAAUCUACUUUCCUCUGCGAGUAAAUAUACCUUUCAGACAUGUCAAACUUUAUUAUUAUUCGCAUCACCUCUAUUAACACUUUUUCUCUCACAAGAAGCAUUCAACGCCCUAUAAAUAAUUUUACCCUCAAAACACACCUUACUGCAUCAUUUCAUUUCAUUUCAGGUGUCAUAGGCGUGUGAGUGAUCCACUAAAAUGUGCUCACUUUUUCCAAACUUGUUGCUUGCUCCCUCUCUCCAUGCUUCUCAAUCUAUUUCUCUAUAUAACCAACAUAAUUAGUUGCUCAAACCGACAUCAAUAUGGCAACCUCAACCUUACCUAUAUUCUUCUUCUUCAUGUUGUCUUCAGGAAUCAUCACUUGUAUGAUAGUUGGCGUGUAUGGAGACCACACUGCUCCUCAUUUCUCCAGGAAACAUUCUUAUCACUCUCAUCUCCCCAACCUGUUCCUUGAACGCGAUUCUGCAUCACCUAUUCCCCCACCUGCACCUGCAUCAACACCAUCCUCUGCGUCACCAAAACCGCUUGUAUAUCACGUGACAUCCUAUGGUGCUGACCCCACGGGCAAAGCAGACAGCACGGACCCAAUUCUCGCAGCAAUAUCAGAUGCGCUCAAAGGGCCUGGAAAUGGGUUCCUGAUGGAGGGAAUAGUGAAUCUUGGUGGAGCCAGGGUUGAUCUUGAUGGUGGCAAUUACUUGAUUAGCCGUCCAAUUCAAUUCCCUGUCGCUGGAAGAGGAAACCUGAUACAUGGAGGAUCACUCACAGCAUCUGGUGACUUCCCAGACAACGGCUAUCUGAUAGAUUUAUCACCAGCCUCAAACAAUGGCUCUGGGUAUAACUACGAGUUUGUAACACUCAGAGACCUGUUCCUGGACUCUAAUUUCCGGGGCGGAGGAAUCCAAGUUAUCAACUCUCUCAGGACUAACAUUGACAACUGUUACAUCACUCAUUUUAAUACCCAAGGCAUCCAAGUACAAGGUGGUCAUGAAACCUACAUCAGAUACUCCUAUCUCGGCCAACACAUCACUGCUGGGGGUGAUCCUGGUGAGAGGAAUUUCUCAGGCACCGCAAUAGCCCUGUCGGGGAAUGAUAAUUCUAUCACAGAUGUCGUCAUAUUUUCAGCAGCCACAGGGAUUCUGAUAUCGGGUCAAGCAAACACUUUAUCAGGGGUGCAUUGCUACAAUAAGGCCACUAGCUUUGGAGGCACAGGGAUUUAUCUCAAAACACCAGGUUUAACACAGACGCGAAUUGUAAAUUCGUACCUGGAUUUCACAGGCAUUGUUGCCGAGGACCCUGUGCAGCUCACAAUUUCCAGCAGCUUUUUCCUUGGAGACGCCUACAUUCUCUUCAAAUCUAUAAAUGGUGUGGUGAAUGGAGUCAACAUUGUGGAUAACAUGUUCUCGGGCUCGGACAAGGGGAUUGAGAUUGUGCAAUUGGACCAGAGCAAUAGGGCGUUCAAUCAGAUCGAUCAAGUUGUGAUUGACAGGAAUAACGUGAAAGGAAUGAAGCUUAAGGCGACGGUUGCAAGAGGAAGCGUGGAGGGAAAUGGUAGCUCCUGGACCACAGAUUUCAACUCAGUACUUGUGUUUCCGGACCUUAUUAAGCAAGUACAAUACACGUUCAUCACAAAUGGGAGGUCUUUCCCUGUUCACGCCUUGCGAAACGUGUCAGGUAACAAGAUUGUGAUUCAGUCAGAUGUAGCAGUUCCUGCAAGUGUUCAUGUAACUGCUGAUCAAGGGGGGGUGGGUUCCUUCUCAAGCUAAGGAGAUUGUAAUCUUUGGAUCAUAUGUCUCUAGCGUUUCAACUACCCUAAAGUGCUAGGGAUGACCAAUAUAGCAUUUGGAAAAAAAUUCCAGGUCGAUGGCUGAGAUUUUACUUUUUCUUGCUUGAUCAAGAAAUUAGAAUUGUAGGUGGAAUUGAAACCUCAGUUCCACACACAAACAUCUAGAUGGUCAAGCAAAUAUAACCUCUCAAGUCUAAAGUCGUGACACAUUAACUGGUGAUCCUCACUUUUCUUUCCCCCUUUGUUUUUCAUGUUUCCAAAGUUUUUUGGUUUAACCAAUAUUGGGAUGUGAAUAAUUUA